UAUGGCAUAGCUGGCAAUGGCAUAUUACCCAUUCCUCCUCCAAUCAAUCUAUAAAUUAGCAUGAGGACCAUCACAUAUCUUCCCCGUUCCUCCACUCCUCAUCUCAUCUCUUUUAACACACUCACUCACUUUCUCACAUCAUCAUCAUCACUUCAAGUCAUUUAAUUUAUUUAUUAUUAAAAUGGCUGAACCCAGAUUCAUAAUAGAAGCCUCAGAAGCUAAGUCAAUAUCCCAAUCAACGGGCUUAACCCUAACCCAACUACUCCCAAACAUCGUCAAAUCAGCCCAACCAUUAGCCCGUGUUCCCAUCUCCAAAUUCCACGUAGCAGCCGUCGGUGUCGGAAUCUCCGGCCGAAUCUUCAUCGGCGUUAACGUCGAAUUUCCUAACCUUCCAUUUCACCACACAAUUCACGCUGAACAGUUUCUCUUAACAAAUCUCUCUCAAAAUAAAGAAACUCAGCUUCAAUAUCUCGCCGUCUCCGCCGCACCUUGUGGUCAUUGCCGUCAGUUUCUUCAAGAAAUCCGCGGCGCCUCCGAUAUUCCUCUCCUUAUAACUAACUCCGAUUCAUCGGAUUUCACUUCUCUCUCUCAAUUUCUCUCUCAUCCUUUCGGUCCUCACGAUCUUCUCCCUAAACACGUUCCUCUUUUCUUGGAGCCUCGUCACAAUGAUUUGUCGCUUCUCGAUCUCGAAGCAUCCAUCGAUGAUUCAAUCGCCGAAUCCAACGGUUAUACUAAUCAGUUGAAGGUUGCGGCACUGGAAGCGGCGAAUGAAUCACACGCGCCGUACAGUGAAUCACCGUCCGGUGUGGCGUUGUUGGAUUCGAGCGGGAAUGUUUAUAAAGGUUCAUAUAUGGAAUCUGCUGCUUAUAAUCCUAGUUUAGGACCGGUACAAGCGGCUAUUGUAGCAUUUAUUGCCGGUUCCGGUGCCGGAGACGGUGCGGCGGAGUAUGGAGAAUUGGUGGAAGCGGUGUUGGUGGAGAAGGAAGAUGCGGUGGUGAAACAGGAAAGUACGGCGAGGUUGUUUCUUAGUUCAAUCUCACCUCACUGCCGAUUCAACGUGUUUCUUUGCACUUCCAAUAAUAAUAAAAUUAAAAACUAAUUAAUUUUGUUAUUUUUAUUGUAUUACUGUAUUAUUAUUUGAGAGUUAUCUCACCAAACGAAGAGUUAUCACUUAUCAUCAUCAUGGAAUUGGAGAGUAUGGUGUAUAAAUAAUUAAAUAUUAAAUGAGGAAUGAUACGAUUGAUCCAUUUUUAUA